AUGGAGAAAGUUGACGAGCAUGCUGCUGCCUUCAGCGCCUUGAACUUGGAUAGAGGCCUCUGUGUCGGCAAAGGAACCUCGGCCGAGGUCGUCCUUGCAUCAUCUCGAGACGACGUAUCCAGGAAAUGUGCCGUGAAGAUAUUCGACUUGCUGAAAGACAACCGGUGUAAUGAGUGGGGGUUCAUCAAGGAAGUUGAUGUCUUGAAGGAGCUUCGCCAUCCACGUAUCGUCUCGUUACUGACGUCUUUGGACAACCCUUGCCACGGAUAUAUUGUCUUAAAGUACUACCCGAACGGGAGCCUGGAGAAGAGUCUGAAAGCUGUGGAGCCCCCGCAGGUGCUUGGUUAUAUUCGUGAUAUCGGGGCGGCGCUAGAACACACACACAGUCGAGGAAUUUUCCACCGGGACAUCAAGCCGGCGAAUAUUCUUGUGGACGAGGAAGACCGCGCCGUGCUAUGCGACUUUGGCCUGUCAGGACGGUUGAAGAACGGCAACACCAAAGUGACCAGAUGGGUGACCACUCGCGGCUUCCAUGGACCUGAAACCAAGAAAGGACAAGCGAUGUGCCCUUAUAAGCUCGACAUGUACAGCUUGGGAGUGACAAUGUGGGUCUGCUUUUACAAGUGUUAUCCGGUCAAUUUCGACCCUCUGGCUGGCUCGGGCUACUGUGGGAUCGUCAAGGAUCCGUACAGGACAGUUCUCCUCCACCUACUUCACGAGGAUCCCGAGCAACGUUGGAGCGCCUCAGAUCUGCUCCGGGAAGCGCCUUUGCCGUUGAUCACCCCCAAGGACACCCCUCGCCCUGCCAUGGAUUGCGAUGCCUCCUGA